AUGGCGCAAAGCGCGGUGGGAUCAUAUUCGAAUCCGCUGAAGAAAUUCAAGCUCGUAUUCUUAGGUGAACAGAGUGUCGGCAAGACCUCCCUCAUAACCCGCUUCAUGUACGACUCCUUCGAUACCACGUACCAAGCUACCAUCGGUAUCGACUUUCUCUCCAAGACAAUGUACCUCGAGGACCGUACCGUCCGCCUCCAGCUUUGGGACACCGCCGGGCAAGAACGCUUCCGCUCCCUCAUCCCCUCCUACAUCCGGGAUUCGUCCGUCGCCGUCGUGGUGUACGACAUCUCCUCUCGCAAAACAUUCGAACAAACACGGAAGUGGAUCGAGGACGUGAGAGGGGAGAGAGGAAAUGAUGUGAUUGUGGUUCUUGUUGGGAACAAGACCGAUCUGGGUGAUUCCAAGAGGGAGGUCACCACCCAACAAGGGGAAGAGGAGGCGAAGAGAGCUGGCGCCAUUUUCAUGGAGACCAGCGCAAAGUUGGGCCACAAUGUCAAGGCGCUGUUUAGGAGAAUAGCGCAGGCCUUGCCGGGCAUGGAAGGCGAAGGGGAGCAGCAGCCAAAUCCCCAGAUGAUUGAUGUGUCAAUAAACAACCAGAAACCGGCCGAAGAAGGGUGCGCUUGUUGA